GUAUCCAGCUGGGUGGCAGGUGGAUCCAAGGGUUACCAUGAAGUUUUCAGGACCCCUGGAGAGCCAGAGGUUGUCUCUCCUCCUGGAGACGGCAAUCUCUAGGGAAGCUCAAAUGUGGAAAGCACAUGUGCCGAAAAUUCAGCCCAGUCAGGACGUAGCCAUUUCUCCAAAGCAGAGGGAUGAGGUCAUCCAGUGGCUGGCCAAGCUCAAAUACCAGUUCCACCUUUACCCAGAGACACUCGCCCUGGCCAUCAGCCUCUUGGACAGGUUUUUAGCUGCAGUAAAGGCCCGUCCAAAAUACCUGAACUGUAUUGCAAUCAGCUGCUUCUUCCUCGCUGCAAAGACCAUUGAGGAAGAUGAGAGGAUUCCAGUACUGAAAGUGUUGGCUCGGGAUAGCUUUUGUGGUUGUUCUCCAGCUGAAAUUCGCAGAAUGGAGAAGAUCAUCCUGGAUAAGCUGAACUGGGAUCUCCACAUGGCAACGCCACUGGAUUUCCUUCAUAUUUUCCACGCGGUCGCGGUGUCCAACAGGCCGCAGCUCCUGACCGUCCUGCCCACGCUCAGCCCCUCGCAGCACGUGGCGGCGCUCACCAAGCAGCUGCUGCACUGCAUGGCCUGCUACCAGCUGCUGCAGUUCAAGGGCUCCAUGCUGGCGCUGGCCAUCGUCAGCCUGGAGCUGGAGAAGCUGCUCCCCGACUGGCUGGCUCUCAUCAUCGAGCUGCUCCAGAAGGCACAGAUGGACAGCUCGCAGCUGAUCCACUGCCGGGAGCUCGUGGCACAUCACCUUUCCACUCUGCAGCCUUCUCUGCUGCCCAACUCUGUAUAUGUCUACAGUCCCCUCCAGCACACCCUGGUGACCUGUAACAGAGGAGCGUUCCCACCGCAGCCCUCCUCUGUCCCAGGGCCGGGGCUGCCCCAGGACAACCGGCCAGAAGCGCCGGAGAUGGAAGUGGACGACUUCUACGACGGCAUCAAGCGCCUGUACAACGAGGACCUCGCCCCGGAGGUGUGCGGGGGAGUCUGCGGCGCCGACGUGUCGCGGCAGGAGGGCAGCGUGUCCCCUUGUCCGCCCCUGCAGCCCGUGUCUGUCAUGUAG